AUGGAGCCUCGCGCCCGCGCCGCCAAAAAUGUUGGCAAGAUGAACUUCAGCCACAACGAGUUGGCACAGCUCCUCUACGCCCAUGGCGACGUCCGGAACCCGCUCCCCGAGACGAUCCGCGUGCUCGACGAGAUCGUGACCGAGUUCAUCCAGGGCAUGGCCUUCGAGGCGACGCGCGCGGCCAACUACGCGGGCCGUCAAAAGGUCAAGUACGAGGACUUUGAAUUCGCGUUCCGCAAGAACGACGCCUUCCUCGGCAAGGUUCAGGAAGUCUUCGAGAAGAAGGGCGAGAUCGAAUCGGCCAAGAAGAUCUUCACAAAGGACGACGAGGCCGUGCUCAUGAAGGACGCGGCGGAUCAGGAGCAUAAGAAGGACAAGCCAGCGAACGGGACGGGCGAGCCUUCCACCGCGGCGGAAGUGGCGGCAAAGCAGGAAGAGGAACUCGGCGAGGCGGACGAUGAUGCCGAUGCCGAGAGCGAGGUUGCGGGACGGCCGGCGAAGAGGGUGCGACUUGAUGGGGAAGGGAAGUGA